CAUUUUGGAGAAUGCAAUCUUCUUAAUUCUGCGAAAUCUCGCGAUGCAGCGAGAUUCUCCGAGAUGACAGGAAAAGCGGCCAUUUUAAAAUCGUGAAAGUUUCCGCGGGCAGCAAAAUCACUUUCAGUUUUAGCACAAGUUCUGUUUUUCCGGUCCUGACUCCGGUGACAAUUGAUGCAACUAUCCUAAGAAUAAUAUGACAAACGCAGGGAAGUCUUUGACGUCUCUGAGGCAACGCUGAAUACUCGCAACUCGAUCUGAGGAGUUGUUAGUGGCAAGAUGGCUGGGCAAGGCAGUUUGUUCAGCAUUGGUGAUGAUGACUUGGAUCUUGGAGAUGAGGACUUCCUACUAGCAGAGGCAGCUAGUAUGGCUCCUACCACAGCCCCAGCCAACUCUACCAACUCCAGACCUUCACUUCAGCAGAACAACAACACAAAAACUACAAUCAAUAAGAAGAGUCCAACUUCAGACCAACUUCCCCUGACUAACUCCUCUGUCAACUCAUCCUUCCUUGGGUCCUUUGAUGAUGACUUUGGUGAUGACAAUAUCGGAUCGUUUUUGACCAAAAGACGAUCAAGUGACUCCCCUGUGCUUGGAGUUCAGCCGCCAAAAAAACAGACAAAAACCUCAAAUAGUCCCUCAGAAAACAAUGCUGCCAAAGUCAGCAGUACACUGCAAGGUAGGGAACAAAAGAUAGGAGGCAUUACAUUCAACAAUGUAGAUGGACCUUCCGUGCAAGGGAGAUCCCAGCUGCAGGCUAUUCUGAACAAAAUACAAGGACUCAGUUCUUCAAGCAAUCAAACCCAGCUGCAGAGUGGCAGUGGUCUGAGAAUGCCUGUUGCAGACUCCACACAGUCACCAGCAGGCAAGACAUCCAAGCCAGGAAAAUUUGUCUUCAAACCUGUCAAUAAAACUUCACCCAACAGUCCUUCUGUACCUAGUGGAGCUGGGUUUACUCUGAGGCCAAACAAUGUUUUCAAUGCAAAUGGUGGAAGGGUUAGUGCAGUAUCUCCCAAUAUGGGAGGUAGUCCUCUGUUAACAAGCGGUGUACAGAAGAGCCCUACGGAUAACCACAAUGGAGAGAGUCCUGGAGCUACAGGGCGACUUUCACGUCUGCUUGGAGGAACCUCUAACAACAGUAAUAGUACAAAGGAUGGGUUUGGGCAAGGUGGCAAUGAUAUGGCGGAACUAAGCAAGGGAAACUCACUUUCUAAAGUAGGCAGUACAUACAGUGUGAGUACUCAACUUCGAACACCUACAGUGAGCGAUGCAGGAGACACCUCCAGCUCCUCUCAGUUGAGAAACUCUGCAUCUUUGCAAAAUAGACCUGCAAGUAAAGGACACGUGUUUGGGAGCAAAGUUAACAAUAGCCAGCAACUUAGAGUUCCAGAGGCAAACAAUGACAGUCUUCCUUCAACUGUGAGCUCAGGGUUAAUGCAGUGUAACCCAGGAAUACAGACUACCAGAGGGUUGAGGAACCCAGCGGAUACCCAGUUUAACUCAAGUGGAAUAAGGAAUACUAUGGGUAGUACUGAAGGAAUACAGAAUGCUAUGGGCAGCAAGGGAACUUUAGGUACAAGUCAAUCUAUGCAACCAAGAUUUACCCAAGCCAGGCCAAGGUUGCCACAAAGAGGAGGCCACAGCUUUGCCCCACGCACAGGGAACAUUUCCUCUACUCCGCGGCACACAGGACAGUACAGCACACCAAGGGUUCCACAGCCUGCUGGGAUGGUGGCUCCCAGAAUGCAGCAGACACCAAGAUUUCAGCAGACUCCCAGGAUGCAGUAUACUCCCACAAUGCACCAGACUCCCAGAAUGCCCCAGGGCAGAGGAGGACCCAUCAGACAGAGGUCGCCCAACGGUCCCAGUUCUGGGCUCUACAACUCUAGCUUUGGGCAGAACACUCUGUCAGAGCAGCAAGGACAGACAGGUUCUCCAGGCAGUUUCCUGUCCCCCCAGACCCCAGUGUGUACCUCCAGACUGCUGAAGCUGUGUAACGCCUCCAAACCUAAGGACCUCACACCCAGGGUCAAGAAGAGAAAGUUUCCAGGGCCUGCUGGAAUUCUGCCUAAACUGUCUGAAGAUAAACAGUUGGAUGAUGUUGCCGUAGCAACUCCACAGACCCCAUCUCACAGUGCCAUGGCCAGGAAGCCUAAAGAUGAGGACCUUUCAAGCUCUCAACUGUCCCAGGAAGAUCCCAGGAGAGGAUCAUGGGAUACCAUGAAGAAGGAACUGGGUCUCCAUGAGGACAACUCCAGUUGCAUCCUGGGUAAAAACAACAUUGCCCUGGUUCUACGGAGGGCCAGCUUAAAGCUUUUGCCACAAGGGAAGGUGCCACAGCUCUGUGUUUGGGUGAAGCUGCUGUCAUUGGAUGGGAGGAAUGGAAGUGUUGUCUUCAGAGAUCACACAGGUGAGAUGCAGGGUACCAUACACCAGAAGGUGCUGGAGGAGUACCCCUCAGACAUCAAGGUUGGGACAACUCUGGUGCUCAGACAGGUUGGAGUCUUCAGUCCAUCUGCCAGAAACCACUACCUGAACAUCACCCUUAACAACAUCGUCCAGGUCUACCCCCCUGGGACCAAAUCUGGUAUAACCUCCACCCCCUCCAGCCAGGACUCACCCGAGCUGAACCUGUCCCCGGCCCCCUCCUGGCUCAAGUUUCAGGACACAAGCCCGACCUGUACAAGGGGUGUGGUUUCUCAACGAACUUCAACAACUAGGGGGGACACACAGAACACAAGACAACAUGUGCAACAAGUACCAUUGAGCAGUGCAGUGGUACAGAAUACAACUACUGUGGGGAUCGGUGACACACAGAAGACAAGACAACAUGUGCAACAGUCACUGUUGAGUAGUGCAUUGGGACAGAAUACAGCACAGGUAUCCAACGUGGUGGCUUCUGGAGCUACUGGCAAUCCUACAAACACUGGAUCUGAUGGCGGCAAGCAGCAGCAAAAUGUGGAUGAGCUUUGGGGUGAAGACAAUCUGGAUGAGCUUCUAGAGGACAUAGGAGAGGAAAUGUUUGGAGACUUCUGAAGACAAAGUUGUGGAAUGUGAUGCUAUUUCACAACACUGUGUACUGCGUAGUCUUGAUACAUGUACUGCCUUGCAUUAAAUCAGCAGAAAUUUACUUACUUGUGAUAAUGAAAUGCAAGUAGCUUGAAAUGAAAAGCUUCGAAGAGAAUGACCAUAAUUUGAGUAAAUGUCAGAACAAAACAUUAUAAAUACAAGAAUGUUUCAACAUUGAUUUUGGGAUGACUGUAUUUACAACAGACGAUUUUUAGAAGGCUGGUGAUACGUUGAAGAUGUUAUAAAGUCUGAUUGCAUUCAAAGAGACAAGAAAAUUGGAGGCCAUGUGCAACUUAAAUUAGAAGUAGGAAAUGUAUAUAUGGAUGAACAUGACAUCAUUGUCACCCAAAUGUACCUUGUACAAUGUAAUAAUUUGUGUCGGUGGCUCAACCCUA